CUGGUAUAAUUGUAGAGGAAGCAGAUGCUGGGCUACAAGCAAGGCUGCAAGGUCUCUCAGUGGGAGUGUAAGGCAGAACUGGCGCACUGGAAAGCACAAAGUGCUAGACAAAGAGGCUUGAAACGAGAAAGUGAAUAGAAGACAGUGUAAAGGUCUGUUAAGUUCCAAAUCGUGGAAUUCAGCAAUGAUGCACUGUGGAAAAAAAAAUAUUUGUGGUGUUACUGCAUGUAUCCUUAUUUUUGCAACCAUUUUCAUCUCUUCCUGGAAAGAUGCUCAGCAACAGAAUAACAUAACUAGGAAACACUUCCCCCAGGCAACCACUACCAGUCCAGCAUAUCAGUCUUGUAGAGGAGAACCUGCUCAAAAUGUAAUAACACCAUUAAAAGAUAAUAGAACUUUUAUUAUAUCUGCAUACUUUGACAACAGAGAAAGCAAAGUCACUCGUGUGAUCGGGAUUGUUCACCAUGCAGAAGUAAAACAACUAUACUGCUGGUUCUGCUGUCAGGACGACAGAAAGAUGUAUGUAUCAAAAGCAACAAUUGACGUUCACUCGGACAGAUUUGGGUUCCCUUACGGUGCAGCAGAUAUAAUUUGUUUGGAACCCGAAGGCUGCGAUCCAACACACGUAUCAGUUCAUCAGUCUCCACAUGGAAAUAUUGACCAGCUGCCAAGGUUUGAAAUCAAAAACCGCAAGACUGAGACCUUUUCUGCUGACUUCACUGUAUGCAUCUCUACCAUGUUUGGAAACUACAACAACGUCUUGCAGUUUAUACAGAGUAUGGAAAUGUACAAGAUUCUUGGGGUACAGAAGGUGGUGAUCUAUAAGAACAACUGUAGCCAUCUGAUGGAGAAAGUCCUGAAGUUUUAUAUGGAAGAAGGAACUGUGGAGAUAAUUCCCUGGCCCAUAAACUCACACCUCAAGGUUUCUUCAAAAUGGCUCUUCAUGCAAGAUGGAACACACAUUGGCUACUAUGGGCAAAUCACAGCUCUCAAUGACUGUAUAUACCGUAACAUGCGGAGGAGCAGAUUUGUACUUCUUAAUGACGCUGAUGAAAUAAUUCUUCCCCUUAAGCACUCAGACUGGAAAACGAUGAUGAGCAGCCUUCAGCAGCAAAACCCGGGGGCUGGCGUUUUCCUCUUUGAGAACCACAUCUUUCCAGAAACCGUGUCGACUCACAUGUUCAACAUUUCAUCCUGGCAUACUGUUCCAGGUGUUAACAUAUUACAGCAUGUUCACAGAGAGCCUGACAGGAAAAACGUUUUUAAUCCCAGGAAAAUGAUAAUCGAUCCACGAAAGGUGAUUCAGACUUCAGUCCACUCUGUCCUACGUGCUUAUGCGGACAGUGUGUAUGUUCCCAUGGAUGUUGCCCUCAUUUAUCACUGCCGGGUGCCCCUUCAGGGACACCUUCCCAGAGAAGCCCUCAUCAGGGAUACAACACUGUGGAGAUAUAACUCAUCGUUAAUCACGAAUGUUAACAAGGUGCUGUAUCAGACCGUACUGUAAGCUCAGAAGCGCAACCUUGGUUGUAAGGAGGGAAAGUGGAGAGCUACCCGUUCUGUGGGCAGGCAGAGGACAGAUUGUAAGAUCCUAUUAAAAUCACUUUCACGUGAAGCUUACGUCUUACAGAGGCUUGGGAGAACAGCCCUUUUGUGUACUGUGCAAAGGUGAACGCGUCUGACUUGUGAACUGAAUCAAGGUAUCCAGGGAAGAGAUUUUCAAAACCGAAAAAAUGUAUUUGAUCCAAAAAGGGUGGUGGAGGCGUCAUACCACUAUUUCCUAGAGAUGUUCGCACACCGUUGGGAGGAGCCUGAUGGUGUUGUUGUCUCCACAGGAAAUUGGUGUCACAUACCUCUUACUAGAGAUAUAUAUCCCUUUGACGGUAUCUUACACAUCUGUGGCACUGGAAGUUGACUGUGUUGUGUGUGCUACAAUUGUAAGUGCACUAAUGACAUUUAGAGGUGUUGCAAUAGGCAUGUACUGCUGUGGUGUCCCCAACAAUAAAUGCACUGUAUAUUUAAAAUCA